AUGUUGGCAUUCGCUACCAGGACCGUGGUGAAGCCCCUGGGCCUCCUCAAGCCCUCCUCCUUGAUGAAGGUUUCCAGUCGCUUUAAGGCACACCAGGACUCGCUCCCCCGGCUGCCCGUGCCCCCGCUCCAGCAGACCCUGGACCAUUAUCUCAAGGCACUGCAGCCCAUCGUGAGCGAGGAGGAAUGGACCCAAACCAAGCAGCUGGUGGAAGAGUUCCAGGUGGCAGGCGGCGUAGGGGAGCGCCUGCAGAAAGGGCUGGAGCGCAGGGCCAGGAAGAUGGAGAACUGGCUGUCCGACUGGUGGCUCAAAACAGCCUACCUCCAGUACCGCCAGCCCCUGGUCAUCUACUCCAGCCCUGGUGUGAUGCUGCCUAAGCAGGACUUUGUGGAUCGGCAGGGCCAGCUCCGGUUCGCUGCCAAAUUAAUUGAGGGCGUGUUGGAUUUCAAGGCCAUGAUUGACAGCGAGACCCUGCCCGUGGAGUACCUGGGGGGCAAGCCACUGUGCAUGAACCAAUACUAUCAGAUCCUGUCGUCCUGCCGCGUGCCAGGCCCCAAGCAGGAUUUGGUCACCAAGUUCAGCAGGACCAAGAAGCCGCCUAUGCACAUCACCGUGGUGCACAACUACCAAUUUUUUGAGUUGGAUGUGUACCACAGCGAUGGGACACCCCUGACCUCGGAUCAGAUCUUCACGCAGCUGGAGAAGAUCUGGAACUCGUCACUGCAAACCAACAAGGAGCCCGUGGGCAUCCUCACCUCCAACCACCGUAACUCCUGGGCCAAGGCCUACAGCACCCUCAUCAAAGACAAGGUGAACCGGGAAUCAGUGCUCUCCAUCCAGAGGAGCAUUUUCACUGUGUGCCUGGACGCACCCAUGCCUCGGGUCUCGGAAGACACCUACCGCAGCCAGGUGGCGGGCCAGAUGCUGCACGGGGGCGGCAGCAAGCUCAACAGCGGCAACCGCUGGUUCGACAAGACACUGCAGUUCAUCGUGGCUGAAGACGGCGCCUGUGGGCUCAUCUACGAGCAUGCGGCAGCCGAGGGGCCCCCCAUCGUCUCCCUUUUGGACCAUGUCAUGGAGUUCACGAAGAGGCCGGAAUUCGUGCGGUCUCCCAUGGUUCCCCUGCCCAUGCCCAAGAAGCUGCGGUUCAGCAUCACGCCUGAGAUCAAGAACGACAUUGAGAAGGCCAAGCAGAAUCUCAGCAUCAUGAUCCAGGACCUGGACAUCACAGUGAUGGUGUUCCACCACUUUGGAAAGGACUUCCCCAAGUCAGAGAAGCUGAGCCCAGAUGGCUUCAUCCAGAUGGCACUGCAGCUGGCCUACUACAGGAUCUACGGGCAGGCCUGCGCCACGUACGAGAGCGCCUCUCUGCGCAUGUUCCACCUGGGCCGGACCGACACCAUCCGCUCAGCCUCUGUGGCCUCGCUGACCUUCGUCAAGGCCAUGGAUGAUCCCAAUGUGACGGAGCAUGAGAAGGUGCAGCUGCUGCGGAAGGCUGUGCAGGCCCAUCGAGCCUACACCGACCGGGCCAUCCGUGGGGAGGCCUUCGACCGGCACCUGCUGGGCCUGAAGAUGCAGGCCAUCGAAGACCUAGUGAGCAUGCCCGACAUCUUCAUGGACACCUCCUACGCCAUCGCCAUGCACUUCAACCUCUCCACCAGCCAGGUCCCCGCCAAGACAGACUGUGUCAUGUUCUUUGGGCCUGUGGUGCCAGAUGGCUAUGGCGUCUGCUAUAACCCCAUGGAGACGCACAUCAACUUCUCCGUGUCAGCCUACAACAGCUGUGCCGACACCAACGCCGUCCACCUGGCACACUAUCUGGAGAAGGCACUCCUGGACAUGCGGGCUCUGCUCCAGAGCCACCCCCGGGCCAAGCUCUGA